GUUUCCCCAACCCCAAACCGGCAAAACCCCCCCUUUUUCUUCUUCCGUUCUCCGCGCGCCGGCGCUCUCGCCGCCGCCACCGCCGGAGCGCGGGCUAGCGGGCGCGCGCUCUACUCGGCGGAUCAUAGAGUAGUGUGGUGUAAUCUGAUCCGGUCUAUCUGGGUGGUGGGCGUCUCGGAGUCGCAGCACUCGGGCGAGGGCUCGAUCGGCGCGGGAGAGUGAGGGAGGUGAGGUGCAGCCGCGGCGGCGGCGGCGCAAAGGAUGGCGGAUUUCCGGACCUCCACGCAUCGGGAGAGGUGGAUCUUCCAGACGAAUGAUCUGAUGGAUAGGUGGGGGGCGGCGAACCAGCGGGCCACGGAGACGCUCGCUCAUUACGGAACGACUCUGCUGAAGGUGGACCCUGUGGAUGGGUCGCUGUCGUACCCGGAAGCUCCGUCUGAUCAUGGGAGCUCAGGUGUAAAGCCUCUAUCUUGUGAAGAGGAGCGAUUGAUGCGGAUAUUUUAUGAGCAAAAGAUUCAAGAAGUAUGUGCAGCAUUUAAGUUCCCUCACAAAAUACAGGCUACUGCAAUAAUAUAUUUCAAGAGAUUCUAUCUGCAAUGGUCCGUAAUGGAACAUCACCCAAAGCAUAUUAUGUUAACUUGUAUAUAUUCUUCUUGCAAAGUGGAAGAAAAUCAUGUUUCUGCCGAGGAACUUGGUAAAGGAAUUCAACAGGACCACCAGAUUAUUCUAAAUAACGAGAUGAUUGUUCUCAAAUCUUUAGAUUUUGAUCUGAUUGUUUAUGCUCCAUACCGAUCUAUUGAAGGAUUUAUUGAUGACAUGGAGGAUUUCUGCAGAGCGGGUAAUGGUGAACACCAACGGCUAAAGGAAUUACGUCAAACUGCGAUAUCUCAGGUUGACAAAAUGAUGUUGACUGAUGCUCCUCUUCUUUAUACUCCUGGACAGUUGGCUCUGGCAGCUUUGCACAAGUCCAAUGAUAUGCACAGGAUCCUCAGUUUUGAAAGGUACUUGGAAAGUGUUUUUUCAAGGCAACAUUCUGACUGUCCAGUCGAACAAUUUGUUGGGUCAAUCAAUAUGAUCAAUUAUUUGGUUGACCAGCUUAAAAUACCUACUCCUAAGGAUAUGAGGCAUAUUGACCGCAAACUUAAGCAUUGUUUGGAUCCAAGCUCACAGGAUGAUCAUAAGAAGAAAGAGAAGAAGUCAAAGCACAAAUCAAAAAGGGCAGCUAAUGAAGCCCAGCUCGAUGGGUAGAAAACAUAUGGUUGAACUGUGUUAGAAUCAGUUCUUUAAUCUGUUGUGGCCAUAAUCGAUCGAAAGAGAUGCUUUCCUCAGCAGAUGAGCUUCCGUUUAAGCCGAGCACAACCAAUUUUGAGAUGAAGCGAGAUG